GGAUGAUCACUUCUGAAUGGGACGCACCCCUAGAGCGUCAAGUAUUCAACUCAACACCUGUAAAAGAAAAUUCAAAACGUAACGACGCCGACACUCAUUUCCCAUGGAUAUUUUUUGACAAUGCACCGGCAGCUCACUGAUGUAGUUGGGGUCUGGCUGCAGUGACCAUGGUGCUGUGCUGGGGUAGGUUGUUAGUGAUGGUGGCCAUCUCCCAGGCCCUGGGCUCUCUUCAGCACUCAGAGGAGCCCUCUGUGCCAGAUGAAUGGGUCCUGCUCCAUGUUGUGCAAGGCCAUAUUGGGGCAGGAAACUACAGCUAUCUGCGUCUCAACCACGAAGGACGCAUUAUUUUGCAUAUGCAAAGCCUCAAGGGAGAUGCAGAUCUCUACGUCUCAGACAAAACGCUACGGCCAAACUUUGAUACCUACAAGCUUCAGUCUUUCACCUGUGGCCAGGAUGUGGUGGUGGUCCCUGGGGAUUUUGUUAGGCCUGUUGGAAUUGGGAUCUACGGGCAUCCCUCCUACAUGGAGAGUGAGUUUGAGAUGAAGGUGUUUUAUGACCAGACAGCACUGAGAGAUGAUACUGAGAAAAACUCUUAUUCCUCAGAUGAGACUUCUGGUCAGUCUAAACACUCUCAGGGCCCUGAGGAAGUGAUGGAGGAAGAUGAGUCGAUCCUUUGGACUAUUCUAAUUGGGAUACUUAAGAUCGUAAUUGAAAUUUUGUUCUGAUUUUGAUGUGCCAGUUGCCAAAUUACAACACCUGCCACAAGGAAUCAUUCUUCCAAUUAGAUCAACAACAAAAAAAUGUGGGCCAGAUUUUUGACAAAGUGUAUUGUAAGUUCUUUCUAAAUCUUUAGUAGAGUCACCACCACUCUUUGAGUAAUAUGUAAAUUUCGUCCAUAAUUUUGUUAAAAUGCAAAUUGUAAAUUUGCUUGUCAAAUUAUAUAUUUACAUAUCAAUAGAACUGGUUGCAUUUCCUAUUCUUAACACAAAAUUCUCAAUUUGACCUGUUAUUCUGUUCUGACAUUUUAUUGAUUUUGUUAAAAAAAAAAAAAAAUCUGUGUAUAUGGUGCAUUCAUUUCUUAUGUCUUAAUGUCUUUAACUGAUCUAGGUUAGUUAAUUAUAGGUUUUAAACUGCACUAUGCAAUCCCACAAAUCACCUUGUGACAAACGUUGUACUGUUGUGCCUAUUCUCAAGAAGAGUCUGCUGACUGAUAAACAGCUAAGACUCUUAUAACUAUAACAGUUAUAAGACAAAUAAAAAAUUAGUUAUUUUUGAAAA